AUGGAAGAUUCAAAGAGUUUCACUCAGGAGCAACAGCUAGAAUCCUUCACUAGUGAGUCCAGCCUUGAGAACGGAGGACCUGACCAUCAAAAGCGGCUGAACAAGAUAUACCGUAAGCUCGACUGGCGUAUUAUCCCUCCACUAUGGGGCCUCUACUUCUUAUCUUCGCUAGGAGGUGGUGCGUAUGGUAACUCUUUGACAAUGAACAGUGGUGUUGGUCAUUCUCUACCCCAAGUUCUCAAGUUGACCAGCUCUCAUUUGUCUACUGCCAGCGCCUUAGAGUAUGUGGGAUACAUUGUCUUUGAUCUGCCCAUGAACCUGAUUAUGUCUGUGGUUGCACCACACACCUGGAUGUCUCGUAUUGAAACAUCUAUUGGUCUUGUCUACGCCUGCUACACUGCUGUCAACAACAGUUCUGGUCUUAUCGCUAUCCGUUUUUUCACUGGUAUGGCCACUGCAGGUAUUUGGCCGGGUAUGGCAUACUAUAUUAGCAUGUGGUAUCCCCCACAUCGUGCAGCAGCCAGAAUUGGGUACUAUUUCACUGCCGCACAGCUCUCCACCGCCGUAGCUGGUUUGAUCGCCGCAGGAUUCCAGAAAAUGGACGGGACGCUCGGAUACUACGGAUGGCAAUGGCUCUUUCUGAUCUAUGGUGUCGUCACCACUGCCUAUGGUAUAUUAGUUGUAUUCAUUCUCCCUGAUAGACCUCGGGGGUUGCGGGGGAAUGAGCCGACCAACUGGUUCACUAAAUUCUUUGAGUUCAUGACUUACCAUGGCUCUCCACCUCUGAACCCUGAAGAGGAGGAAAUACAUUAUCAGGAUAUGAAAGAGCGUUAUAAUAAACGUCAAGUGUGGAACUUGCGUGAUCUAUGGGUAGUGUUAAAGGAUGUUCGACUGUGGCCGCUUGUUCUCAUGUACUUUGGGGUUGUUGGUACAGGUAUUGCUAUCAUGGUUUACGCAACAACUAUAAUUCAGGCAAUUGAUCCCGGUCUGUCAUCAAUUGACCUCUCCUUACUUACUGCUCCAAUCUGGCUGUUCGACCUCGCAGCUAUCGUUCUCAUCACCCCCAUCUCAGAUUUUCUCAAAAACUACCGUGCUCUCGUGUUUUCUUUCUCUACCAUGAUCAUCAUUGUUGGCAUGUGUGUUACUACAUGGGCACCUUACCAGUGGUCACAAUACGGCGGUCUUCUGAUCUGUGGUUUUGGCCUCGGCCCCACUGUGCCUAUUACAAUGGCUUGGGGCGCGGAGAUUUUCCAAGCUCGUCAUGGUGACCUGGGAGCCGCCGCUUCAACCGCACUUAUUUCAGGACUGGGCAACUUGGGCUCUGUCUCAACCACUUAUGCAUUGUAUUCUGGCUGGCCCGCCGAUAAGGCCCACCAUUAUCGAAACUCCAACAUUGUGAUUAUGGCACUACUUGGCUUCAGUAUCUUCUCAGCCGCUUGUUGCACCUGGUUAAGAUUCGCCCUUGGUGACUUUGGCAAUCAACGACUUACGGAUGUGACAUUCUUAAAGUUCUUUAAACGGACUCUACGUCAAAACUGA